AAGGAGGAGGAUGCUGCUGCUGCUUCUCCUGGCACUGCUGGGCCCGGCUGGCUGCCCCAGGACAGAGCCCCUGAGUGGCUCCAGCCAGGAGCCGCUGUUCCGCGGCGCCGAUCGCUACGACUUCGCCAUCGUCAUCCCUGCUGGCACCGUGGAGUGUUUCUGGCAGUUCUCACACCAGGGUGGCAACUUCUUCUUCAGCUACGAGGUCCAGCGGGCCACGGGGAUUGGAAACAGCAGGAACAUCCUGGUGACAGCGAGUGAUCCCAAUGGCUUCCAGCUUGGAGCGUCCCAGGAUGUGCGAGGACAGAUCAACUUCCUCACCAAGGACACAGGUUUCUACCAGCUCUGCCUGGACAACCAGCAAAACCACUUUGGCCUCAUGCAGGUGUAUCUCAAUUUUGGUGUGUACUAUGAUGACUUCAAUAUGGAACACAAGCAGCCAGCAGAGAGGAAGGAGUUGAAUGACACCCUGGAGGCAAUUGGGGUGAGCAUCCAGAGGCUGCAGAUCCACACCUUCCACAUGUGGCGCUUCUACAACUUCGCCAGGAUGCGGAAAGGAGCCGACUCCUUCCUCCUGGAGUCCAACUACAACUAUGUCAACUGGUGGUCAAUGGCCCAGAGCUGUGUCAUUGUCCUCUCGGGGGUGCUGCAGCUCUACUUCCUCAAGCGCCUCUUUCACGAGCAAACCUCGGGCAGCCAGAAGUGCUAGGACAGGGCAGGGCUCCCCUCUGCAGAGCCAGGUGACCUGGCUGCCACUCUGUCCCACCACGGAGUGGGAGGAGAGGCUUGAUUUUGCUUCCAGGAGGAGGUUGGAGAGUUCACCCUGCUCCUGCCUCAUCUCUAGCCCUGGCAUCACCCCAAGAGGAGUCAAAGGCCACACUGUCACCUGAGUUCUAUGUGCUGUAUGGGUUUGUCACAUCCCUACCAAUUUUUAGUAUCUUAAUGGGCGUUUUCUACCAGGCUCCAAAUAAAGAAACUCCUGGCAGAGUCCAGGGAGUGACUGCUGCCUGCAGCUGC